CCUUUUUCUCUCUUCCACGAUAUUUACCGGCCUCUAUUAUCAGAUUACUUUUUCCUUGCUCUUUCUUUUGCCUUUGGGCUGUCCUGUUGCUUUCCUGAUCGCCACAAAGCCCCCCCUCUUUCCUUCUAUAUCUUCAAAACUUUCCCACUUCCAACAACAACACAGUCUUUAAUACCAGUCUCUACCAGUGUGUCAAAAAGUCUAUGGAGCUAGAGCUGCUCAUCGGAAUCUUCUCUGCUCAACAACGUCUCCACCAAGCGAUGAUUGCCUACGAACUGUCAGACUAGGAUUAGGGUUUCCUCGGAGAGACUCUUCCAAGAAUUUAAGGCACAGGGGUAAUUUAGAUGAGAUGGCCGAUAGUUUGGAUAGGACUCAUGGGAGUUAUGACCUUGGCAGCUCGUCAGAUGAGAGCAAUCAUUUUGAAAGACUGUACCUCGAGCCUAUUUAUGAUGCAUUUGUCUGCCCAUUGACGAAGCAAGUUAUGCUCGAUCCUGUUACCUUAGAGAAUGGACAAACUUUUGAACGAGAAGCAAUUGAAAAGUGGUUCAUGGAAUGCAGGGAGAGUGGAAAAAAGCUGGUGUGCCCAUUAACGCUAAAGGAAUUAAAAAGCACAGAUCUGAAGCCUAGUAUAGCUUUGAGGAACACUAUUGAAGAGUGGACUGCUAGGAAUGAAGCUGUUCAGAUUGAUAUGGCUCGUAGGUCAUUGAACCUGGGGAGUUCAGAAAGUGAUGUUCUGCAAGCUUUGAUGUGUGUUCGGUAUGUCUGCCAAAAGAGCCGGUCAAAUAAGCAUAUUGUACGUAAUGCAGGCUUGAUACCCUUAAUUGUUGACAUGUUAAAGAGCAGCAGCCGUAAAGUUCGGUAUAAAACUCUGGAAACUCUUCGAAUUGUGGUGGAGGAUGAUGCUGAGAAUAAGGAAAUGUUGGCUGAGGGAGACACCGUGCGCUCUAUAGUAAAGCUAUUGUCUCAUGAACUCUCCAAAGAGAGGGAGGAAGCUGUAUCUUUGCUCUAUGAACUCUCCAAAUCUGAAACAUUGUGUGAGAAAAUUGGCUCAGUAAAUGGAGCAAUUCUUAUAUUGGUUGGAAUGACAAGCAGCAAAUCAGAGUAUGUUUUAACUGUUGAAAAGGCUAAUAAAUCACUUGAAAAUCUGGAGAAGUUUGAGAACAAUGUGCGGCAGAUGGCUGAAAGUGGCAGACUGCAGCCUCUUCUGACACAAAUCCUUGAAGGGCCACCUGAAACCAAACAGUCCAUGGCUGCAUACCUCGGUGAGCUGGUCUUGAACAAUGAUGUAAAAGUCCUUGUGGCUAACACGGUUGGUUUGUCUUUGAUUAACAUCAUGAGAAAUGGUACUAUUCAAUCGAGAGAAGCUGCUUUAAAAGCUCUAAACCAGAUCUCAUCUUAUGAGGCAAGUGCCAAAGUGUUGAUAGAGGCAGGGAUACUUCCUCCUCUUGUGAAGGACCUUUUCACUGUUGGUGCCAAUCAGCUUCCAAUGAGACUAAAAGAGGUUUCUGCCACAAUUCUUGCUAAUGUUGUGAACUCAGGUUAUGACUGCGAUUCUAUCCCAGUUGGAUCUGACCGCCAGACUCUGGUCUCAGAAGACAUAGUGCAUAACCUACUACAUCUCAUUAGCAACACUGGUCCAGCAAUUGAGUGCAAGCUUCUCCAGGUUCUUGUUGGACUCACUAAUUCUCCAACUUCCAUUCUUAAUGUUGUUGCCGCCAUAAAAAGUUCUGGUGCUACUAUCAGUUUGGUUCAGUUUAUUGAGGCUCCACAGAAUGAUUUGCGUUUAGCUUCCAUUAAACUUCUACGUAACCUUUCCCCACUCAUGGGUCAGGAACUGGCUGAUGCCCUUCGUGGCUCAGUUGGCCAGCUCAGCAGCCUAAUUAAAGUCAUAUCAGAAAAUAUAGGAAUCAGUGAAGAGCAGGCUGCAGCUGUUGGCCUUUUAGCUUAUCUCCCUGAGAGGGACUUGGGCCUUACCAGGCAGAUGCUAGAUGAGGGUGCCUUUCGGAUGAUCUUCUCUAGAGUGGUUAGGAUCCGGCAAGGGGAGACUAGGGGCAGUCGCUUUGUCACUCCAUUCCUAGAAGGUCUUGUACGGGUUCUUGCGAGAGUUACAUUUGUCUUGGCUGAUGAACCUGAUUGCAUUGCACUCUGCCGUGAGCACAAUCUUGCUGCAGUAUUUAUUGAAAUGCUUCAGGCCAAUGGACUAGACAAUGUACAGAUGAUCUCUGCCACAGCAUUGGAAAACUUGUCUCUUGAAUCCAAGAAUUUGACGAAAUUGCCCGAGUUGCCAGCAACUGGUUUUUGUGGCACAAUAUUACCAUGUUUUAGCAAACCACAUGUCAUAACUGGAUUGUGUAGGCUUCAUCGAGGGACAUGUUCACUAAAAGAAUCCUUUUGUCUUCUAGAAGGACAGGCCGUGCCGAAGUUAGUAGCCCUUUUAGACCACACAAAUGAGAAGGUGGUUGAGGCAGCACUUGGGGCAUUAUCUACUUUACUGGAUGAUGGGGUUGAUGUUGAACAAGGAGUAACAGUGCUCUCGGAGGCAGAGGGAAUCAAACCUAUACUUGAUGUUUUACUUGAGAAACAGUCAGAAAAUCUAAAGAGGAGAGCAGUUUGGGCCGUUGAAAGACUUCUGCGAAUUGAUUAUAUUGCUUAUGAAGUUGCUGGAGAUCCAAAUGUGACUACUGCACUUGUUGACGCAUUUCAGCGUGCCGACUAUCAAACCCGGCAGAUUGCUGAACUUGCCUUGAAGCAUGUUGAUAAGAUACCUAACUUCUCUGGAAUCUUUCCAAACAAGGGAUAGGCCCUUUGUAGAUGGUGUACUCAUUAAGUUGAUGAGUACAAGGACCCGUAUGUAAUUCUUCUUUUCUCCCAUUUUUAUUUCAUGGCUGGCUUGGAAAUCAUAAAUAUAAAGGUAGAUAUUGUUGUAUACAGAUUUUCUUAUUUCCCAUUUGUAGGGGGUUUUGAAAGCUGUUGAUUUGUUCUUAAAUAAUGAUUCUGUUUCUAUCAA